UUGGCGAGCGAGCUAACAAACAGUGUUCACUCGGUGUGGCGGUGUACUUGCAGCCAAGUGCGUGAUCCCGUGCCUGGGCGGCGGGCGGUGCCGCGGCGUGAACCGGUGCCGCUGCCCGGCGGGGCUGGGCGGGCGCCACUGCGAGGUGGGGCGGCGCGGCGAGUGCGCGCGGCCGUGCCGCCACGGCACGUGCCUACAGGGCGCCUGCGUCUGCGAGCCCGGCUGGCGCGGUCGCUACUGCCACCGUACGCACGGUACCGCCAUCCUUGCUCCUUUUACAGCACAGCCUUCACGUGUGCAAUAUUUCAUUCGAUUUGUGCCUGCGAGCCCGGCUGGCGCAGUCGCUACUGCCACCGUACGCACGGUACCGCCAUCCUUGCUCCUUUUACAGCACAGCCUUCACGUGUGCAAUAUUGCAUUCGAUUUGUGCCUGCGAGCCUGGCUAGCGCGGUCGCUACUGCCACCGUACGCACGGUACCGCCAUCCUUGCGCCUCCUUUUACAGACAGCCUUCAGGUGUGCAAUAUUUCAUUCGAUUUGUGCCUGCGAGCCCGGCUGGCGCGGUCGCUACUGCCACCGUACGCACGGUACCGCCAUCCUUGCUCCUUUUACAGCACAGCCUUCACGUGUGCAAUAUUUCAUUCGAUUUGUGCCUGCGAGCCCGGCUGGCGCGGUCGCUACUGCCACCGUGCGCACGGUACCGCCAUCCUUGCUCCUUUUACAGCACAGCCUUCACGUGUGCAAUAUUUCAUUCGAUUUGUGCCUGCGAGCCCGGCUGGCGCGGUCGCUACUGCCACCGUACGCACGGUACCGCCAUCCUUGCUCCUUUUACAGCACAGCCUUCACGUGUGCAAUCUUUCAUUCGAUUUGUGCCUGCGAGCCCGGCUGGCACGGUCGCUACUGCCACCGUACGCACGGUACCGCCAUCCUUGCUCCAUUUACAGCACAGCCUUCACGUGUGCAAUAUUUCAUUCGAUUUGUGCCUGCGAGCCCGGCUGGCGCGGUCGCUACUGCCACCGUACGCACGGUACCGCCAUCCUUGCUCCUUUUACAGCACAGCCUUCACGUGUGCAAUAUUUCAUUCGAUUUGUGCCUGCGAGCCCGGCUGGCGCGGUCGCUACUGCCACCGUACGCACGGUACCGCCAUCCUUGCUCCUUUUACAGCACAGCCUUAACGUGUGCAAUAUUUCAUUCGAUUUGUGCCUGCGAGCUCGGCUGGCGCGGUCGCUACUGCCACCGUGCGCACGGUACCGCCAUCCUUGCUCCUUUUGCAGCACAGCCUUCACGUGUGCAAUAUUUCAUUCGAUUUGUGCCUGCGAGCCCGGCUGGCGCGGUCGCUACUGCCACCGUACGCACGGUACCGCCAUCCUUGCUCCUUUUACAGCACAGCCUUCACGUGUGCAAUAUUUCAUUCGAUUUGUGCCUGCGAGCCCGGCUGGCGCGGUCGCUACUGCCACCGUACGCACGGUACCGCCAUCCUUGCUCCUUUUACAGCACAGCCUUCACGUGUGCAAUAUUUCAUUCGAUUUGUGCCUGCGAGCCCGGCUGGCGCAGUCGCUACUGCCACCGUACGCACGGUACCGCCAUCCUUGCUCCUUUUACAGCACAGCCUUCACGUGUGCAAUAUUUCAUUCGAUUUGUGCCUGCGAGCCCGGCUGGCGCGGUCGCUACUGCCACCGUACGCACGGUACCGCCAUCCUUGCUCCUUUUACAGCACAGCCUUCACGUGUGCAAUAUUUCAUUCGAUUUGUGCCUGCGAGCACGGCUGGCGGGGUCGCUACUGCCACCGUACGCACGGUACCGCCAUCCUUGCUCCUUUUACAGCACAGCCUUCACGUGUGCAAUAUUUCAUUCGAUUUGUGCCUGCGAGCCCGGCUGGCGCGGUCGCUACUGCCACCGUACGCACGGUACCGCCAUCCUUGCUCCUUUUACAGCACAGCCUUCACGUGUGCAAUAUUUCAUUCGAUUUGUGCCUGCGAGCUCGGCUGGCGCGGUCGCUACUGCCACCGUACGCACGAUACCGCCAUCCUUGCUCCUUUUACAGCACAGCCUUCAGGUGUGCAAUAUUUCAUUCGAUUUGUGCCUGCGAGCCCGGCUGGCGCGGCCGCUACUGCCACCGCAAACACGAUAA